AGUCUGACCCCAUUGGGCAGACGUGUGUUGAGAGGACACAAGAAGAGAUGGUCGUCCGUGAGAUCGUUGUCGGUGUAUGCUGAAUAAUUGCCGCAAUUUCGACUUAUUUGGAGCACAUUCUGGACAAAGUUAUCGUAUUCAUGUAAAUUAAAUUAGUGGCCAUUGAGACCGGUUGAUAUUGUCCAGAAUCGAUUCAUAUUCUUAGACUUAUUUGUUAGAGUUGGAGCUAGCUGGUAGCGGAGUUUGCAUGUUUCAAAUCUUCGUUUUGUUUGGCCAACAACUGAUGGACUAUUGAUCAACAACACACAACACAGUAGUGCAGUCAAAUAAUCUGAUGGCGAGGACUAAGCUAGAUUUGGAUUAAACUCUGGGUGUUUGGAUGCAAACCUGGACAAGAACGGAUAAAUCCUGUAGUACCCCUGCAUCACUCUUCAGAAAUGAAAUAGAAUCCAUAGCAGCUCCACUUACAUACAGGUGUACGUUCAGCAAUCAGAGAGCCAGUAAGCCUUCUUUAGGAACAUUGGAGUUGAGGAAAGUAAAAGUAUGUGACAAUUUGUUAUGAAGUAACAUGCAAGUCAAAAGCGAUUCCAUUGGAAUCCAAAGCUUAUGUGGUAUCAAUGAUGAAGGAUAAUCUAGUUGACCCAAAUAUGGCAUCCAUACCAUGUGUUGGAUGUCACAGAACCAAUAACAAGUCAACAUUUAAACAUUGGAAAUCCAGAAGUAAAAUGUUUUCAAUGCUCAUCUUGUUACUGUGUAUUUCUUUGUGCCAUGGCCAAGCCUUAACGGAACUCAAUUACAACAUUGAGGAAGGGUUACCAGCAGGAUCUAUAGUUGGUGACAUCAGUAGUGAUCAGAGUGCACCAGGACCUUACCUUGUUAUUCUGAUACCAGAUGAAGGUCAACCGUUUGAGAUGACAAGUCAAGGAGUCAUACAAACUAAAGAACCACUAGAUCAUGAGGAUCUAUCUUUUUUUAGCUUCAUUGCUGUACCUUUGUCUAGUUCUACCACACAGAUUUAUAUUAAAAUCACAGUGACUGAUGUGAAUGAUAAUUACCCUGUCUUCCUUAACCUGGAAACACAUCUUGAUCUGUCUGAAGCCACUCCAAUAAGUACCAAACUAUCACUAGACUCUGCUACUGAUCGUGAUGAAGGAGUAUUUAGUACCCAAGGAUACAGGAUCCUAUCUGGUAACGAGGAUGGAACUUUUAUCUUGGAGUUCCGGACAGCACCAAACGGUGAAGUCUUUCUUGAUUUAGUUGUUUACCAGAGCCUUGAUCGCGAAACCACAUCUAAUUACACUCUCAUCAUUGAGGCAUAUGAUGGUGCUACUCCUCCCAAGACAGGAAACAUGACGCUAAACAUAAACAUUUUGGAUAUUAACGAUAACCCACCUGUUUUCAGCCCAACACUUUAUAGUGCAACUGUGAAUGAAACUUUAGCAGUUGGUACUAAGAUAUUGCGCGUAACAGCCUUUGAUGCUGAUGAAGGUUUGAACGGAGCUGUCAUCUAUGAAGUUCGUCGCCAAAGUGAUCCAGGAGAACUUUUCCGUAUCGAUCCAAUCACUGGAUGGCUUUAUCUCAAUAAAGCUUUGGAUUAUGAAACAGCUUCUUCAAAUGUCCUUGUGAUCAUUGCCAGAGACAAUGGUACUCAACCAGAAAGUGCAAAUGCCUUUGUAACCAUUUCCAUCCUCAAUGUUAACGAGCAACCACCCAUGAUCAACAUAGUCUUCCUUAGUGGUAAUGGUGAACCUAAAAUUUCAGAAGCUGCAACUCCGGGAGAUUUUGUUGCUCGUGUUUCAGUGAAUGAUGCUGAUGAUGGUGAGCUUACUAACGUUAAUGUGACCCUUGUUGGUGGGGAGGGACAGUUUGGUGUUAUAACAAGCAACAAUAUCAUUUAUCUCAUCUGUCUUCAACGGCCAUUGGAUCGAGAACUUGUUCCAAGUUAUGAUCUGUCCAUACACGCUCAUGACUUUGGUAUACCCCCACUUCAUACUCGACAAAACAUCACUAUAUACAUUGAAGACAUUAACGAUAACCCUCCCAUAUUUGAAGAAGUUGAAUAUAGUGCCUCAAUUAUUGAGAUUUUUGAGAUUGGAUCGAUGGUGAAGCAAGUGCAAGCAGAUGACGCUGACGCUGGUAGCAACGCUGCUGUAACAUACCGCAUCCUUGACACACCAGGGUCCUAUUCAAACUGGUUUCAAAUCCAUCCGGUUUCUGGCUUAAUAACAACCAAGGAGCUCGUAGAUCGAGAGAUUCAAGAGAUAGUAACCUUCAUAGUGGAAGCCAGAGAUUCUGGAGAUCCAUCAUUAGCAGCCAAUGUGUCAGUAACUGUUACACUCCGUGAUGUUAAUGAUAAUCAACCACAGUUUCUCAUGUCAUCGUAUAACGCCAGCAUAACAGAAGAUACUGAGAUUGGUUCCUGUUUUUUACAGGUUGAAGCAGAAGAUCCAGAUUCUAACAGCUUUGGUCCGAUAUCCUACUCCAUUGGUAUUGGGUUCGGCUAUCAACCUCCUCCAGAGUUCUUCAUUCAUAAUGACAAUGGAUUCAUCUGUACCGCUGCACUGCUAGACAGAGAUGCUGGAAUUACAUCGUAUGAGUUUCUAGUCCAAGCAACUGAUGGAGGAAGUCUGAGUAGUGUAGCUUCAGUUAAGAUCACUCUGCAGGAUGUCAAUGAUAAUAAUCCCAGGUUUUAUCCCUCAACCUAUGCAGUUGAUGUUGAAGAGAGCAGUAUGGACGGUACAGUGAUUACUACAGUAUCAGCUACUGAUCUUGAUUCUGGACUGUAUGGUUCAAUCAGUUACUCCAUUGUGGCCGGGAAUGAUAUGGACCUCUUUACCAUUGAUCCAAUCCAAGGUAUUGUGACUCUGACUGGUACCCUGAAUCGUCAGCAAGCCUCUGUUCAUUACCUUCAAGUCUCGGCUAUGGAUGGUGGCGGGCAGGCUGCUCAGGAGAAUGCAGAUAUUAGUAUUAGUGUAGUAGGACCGGAUGACUCACCACCUGUCUUCUAUCAGCAACAGUACACUUUCACUGUGGAUGAAAACACUCCAAGAUUUCACUUCAUUGGCACAACUACUGCAGCUAAUGCUGAUCCAAGUAAUCUGGCAGUGAUAUCUUACACCAUCUACUCUGGUGACCCUCAGGGCUAUUUCACCUUGCAUCCUGCUAAUGCUGAGUUAACAGUCAAUUCACCUCCAGACUACGAACUCUAUCCAUUCCUGCUGCUCACCAUCCAAGCUGCAAGUGGCUCACCACCCCUGUAUGGACUCACUCAAGUUAAUAUCAGCAUUGUAGAUAUUAACGAUAACUCACCACAGUUUGUUAGCAAUAAGGAGGUAGUGGUUGUCCCAGAGAGUACAUCCAUUGGAAGUGAUAUCUUCAUUGCUACAGCAACUGAUCGUGAUAGUGGAGACUUUGGAUUGCUACGAUAUAAACUAGUCCUGAAUCCGGGGAAUACGUUCUCCAUCCAUCGAGUGACUGGACAGGUUAUACUGGAAGAGGAAAUCAGUUACAAUGUACAAAGUUCGUAUGAGGUCAUCAUACAGGCUUAUGAUCGAGGUAGUCCAUCAAGGAAGGCUAAUCUAACAUUGUCAGUCGUAGUUCAAGAUGUGAAUGACAACGGACCACAGUUUAAUCCUGCUACCUACCAGAUGUCAGUGUCUGAAUCAACGUCAAUUAGUACACAGUUCUUACAAGUCAUGGCAACGGAUCAAGACCAAGGUGUUAAUGCACAAAUCACGUACUCCCUCAAGCCAAGUAUUGAUGCAGCUUACUUUGCCAUCUUCCCUGAUGAUGGCUGGGUCUACACAAGACAACGUUUAGACUUUGAGUUAAAGCAAGAGUUCAUCAUCGAGGUCAUUGCUUCCGAUAAUGGUAGUCCACCCCAGAAUAGCUCAGCCAUUGUCCGUAUAACCAUAACAGAUGAGAAUGAUAAUGCUCCACAAUUUCAACAAGAAACCUACUACUUCAUGAUUGAUGAAAACUUAGAUGCAAACGCGAUGGUUGAGACGGUUGUUGCAGUGGAUAGAGAUUCUGGGAGGAACUCACAACUGACGUAUACUUUAAGCAGAAGUGAUGCAUUCAUCAUCAAUUCAAACACAGGCACCAUUACCACAACUAAGAUGUUAGAUAGAGAAACUGAAGCCAGCUAUAAAUUGACAGUAUCUGUUGCUGAUCAUGGAGAACCAAGUAAUACUGCUACUGCUGUUGUUUAUGUCAAGGUCAAUGACUUGAAUGACAAUCCACCAAUAUUCUCACAAAGUCUUCAGUACCACGUAUCAGUUAUGGAAGAACAAAACCCUGGAGAUUUUGUUGCACAAUUGAUUGCAACUGACUUGGACAAUGGGGAGAACGCUAGAAUCACAUACUCCUUUCUCAGAGGUGGUGAAAAGUUUAAUAUCGAUCCCUCUACUGGUUUGAUCACGACUGACAGUUCUCUGGAUCGUGAGCGAAGUCAAGUUCAUAUCAUCACAGUCCUUGCUCAAGAUCAUGGCAGUCCAUCUCUGCAAUCCCAGACUCAAAUUGUUGCUCGGAUUCAAGAUAUUAACGAUCACAUUCCAGUUGCUGAGAGAGAUGUAUAUUCAUUCACCAUAGCAGAGAAUAUAUUCCCAGGUUCUAUGGUUGGUCAAAUCAAUGCUCAUGACCAAGAUGCUGGUGACAAUGCAAAGAUCUUCUACAGUAUCGUUGAUGGCAAUUAUAAUAACAUGUUCGGUAUCAAUAGAACAACAGGUGUCAUUAUAAACACAAAGCAGGUGGAUUUUGAAUCACUUUCUUAUUAUGAAUUGAUAGUUCUUCUUGAGGAUAAUGGUCCUGUGCAACCUCAAAUGAGUCGAGUCAUUGUUCAUAUCAAUAUCUUAGAUGUAAAUGAUAACACACCAGUGUUUGCUACUGAUCCGAUUUACUUAGGUCUGAGUGAGAAUGUACCUAUAGAUCAUGUAGUCUGGACAUUCUCAGCAUUAGAUGCUGAUACUGGAACCAAUAGUGAUAUCCGAUAUAGUAUCCUUACACCUCAGUCUACCUUCAGCAUAGAUGCAGUGUCUGGCGUUGUGACUACCAUUGCAGACAUUGAUCGGGAGCUAGUUACACAAUAUUUAUUUGUUGUGCAAGCUGAAGACCAAGCUGAAGAUGAAAUGGAUCGCAAGUCAACCUCUGUUACUGUCAGUAUACUGGUUGAAGAUCGGAAUGACAAUACUCCUAUCUUUGUAUCUCGUGACUUUACACAUAUCAAUGAGGAUGAACCAGUGGAAUAUCCUAUCCUUCAUGUACAUGCUAAUGAUGCUGACUUGGGGGAGAACGCUCGCUUGAUCUAUGAGAUACGAUCUGGAAAUGAGGAAGGAAAGUUUGUCAUGGAUUCUAUUACUGGCCUGCUGUCCAUAGCUCAUUCUCUUGACCAUGAACAUGAGCGUCUAUAUCAUCUUAACAUUACGGCCACUGACCAUGGACUUCCACCACUGACCAGCAUUCAAAUUCUGGAAAUCCGUGUUGAAGACGUGAAUGAUCUGCCUCCACACUUUGAUCCCUCAUCGUAUGUCAUGAAUGUAUUUGAGAACCUGGAUAGAGCUACAUUUGUUGGUACAGUGGUUGCUGAGGACGGGGAUACAGGUACCAAUGGAGAGAUAACAUUUGAGAUUCCAUAUGGUAUAGCAGAUAACAUGUUCACUGUGGAUUCAACAACUGGAGUAAUAGUUACUAAUGACAGACUGGAUAGAGAAGCAAAGGAUUCCUAUAGUAUAACAGUGUAUGCAAGAGAUGGAGCUUUUCCAGCCCGCUAUGAUGUAGCUUCAGUUGUGGUCUAUGUACAGGAUGCUAACGAUCAUAACCCUACCUUCCUAUUGGCGUAUUAUGUGCUAAGUGUACCUGAAAAUGAAGCGUCAAGUUUAGUCCAUGUUGUGGUUGCUGAGGAUAAAGAUAUUGGCGACAAUAGCCAAUUGAGUUACUUCAUUGUAGGUGGUAACAUAGAUGACUUGUUUCAACUUGAUGCUGUGACUGGCCAAUUAUCUACAAGUGGUCCGCUUGACCGUGAAUUUACAGCCCAGUAUAAUCUAACCAUCCGAGCUACUGACCAUGGUGAUACGUCUAGGUCAGGAGAGUCAAUUGUAACUGUCAAUGUCCUAGAUGACAAUGACAAUAAUCCCAUCUUCUCAGCGACGUCUUAUCAUCAUCAGUUAUCAGAGAGUACUGUGAUUGGUCAAUCUUUGUUGACAGUUGAGGCAGUGGAUGCUGAUGAAGGGACUAAUGCUGUCGUACAAUACUCAUUAGAUAACUCUACCCUUGGUCUCUUUGGAAUCGAUGUCAAUACGGGAGAAAUCACAACCACAGGGCUGUUUGAUUUUGAGAAACAAGAACACUACAUCUUCCAAGUGUGUGCAACCGAUGGUGGAAGUUACGGGCCUCGAUCAGAGAAGGUUCAAGUAACUGUGGAUGUUAUUGAUGUGAAUGAUAAUGCACCAGUGUUUACUAUGGUGCCAUUUAGAGCCAAUCUAUCUCUGGGUGCACCAUCAGGGACAUAUGUGACUAGGAUCAUUGCUGAAGAUAAAGACUCGGAUGUUAACGGUCAAGUUAAUUACCAGUUUGUACAGCCCUCUGCGCAGUUCAACUUGGAAGCCUCGUCUGGUGUGAUUCUAACGACUGUUGAUAUGAAUACUUCAGCUUUAUAUCGAUUAGAGGUGGAAGCCUAUGACCUUGGGUCACCAUCAUUAACAUCAAGAGGUUUGGUUGAAGUACAUGUUGGUAAUGCAGCUGCAGUUAGACUUGUCUUCACAUCACCAGAAUAUUCUGCAUCUGUAGAUGAAGAUGAAUCUCCACACAGUCAGAUAUUAAUUGUGAAAGCUAUACGAAGUGAUGGCAAUCCAGUUGGUGCAGUUUCUUAUUCUAUCAUCAGUGGAAAUGAAGAUGGAGCUUUUGAAGUAACAGGGCAAUCAGAUUCUGCAAUACUUUCUGUUCUGGAUUCAACUUCCUUGGAUUAUGAGACAACAAAACAAGUUCGGUUGGUUGUACAAGCUGAUGCACCAUCUGGUGGCGCUGUUCCACUCUAUGGUUAUACAACCGUUCAACUCAACCUUCUGGAUGCCAAUGAUAACUCACCACGCUUUGUACAAGAUAAAUAUACCACAUCAGUAUGGGAAGGACAAUCUAGUGGCAUCUAUGUCAUACAAGUUUCAGCCAAUGAUGCGGAUCAUGGAACAAAUGGUCAGAUUAGUUACUUUAUCCGGAGUGGUAAUAUUGACAAUGCCUUCAAUCUGGACGCCAAUACUGGUAUUGUAACCACCAAGGCCAACUUGGAUCGGGAGAUUCGGGAUUCAUAUAAACUUACAUUAGAAGCUGCUGAUAGUGGAAGUUCACGUCUGACAGGAACAGCAACAUUGAAGAUAACAAUCGUUGAUAUUAACGAUAACAGACCCAGAUUUCCACCUGUCAUUCCAGUUAUUAUUAGUGAAGGAGCUGAAGUUGGAUACCCAGUCACCACUGUAAUAGCUAAUGAUGCCGAUACCAACCCUUCCAUUAUCUACCAGUUCACAUCUACUGGUAAUCCAGGUAGUAUGUUUGCCAUUGAUCAAUUCAGUGGCAGCAUUACUCUAGCUGAGCCACUAGAUAGAGAGAUACAAGAUAUUCAUAGUCUGGAGAUCCAGGCAUCUGAUGGUGUUUACACUGACACGUUAACCUUGGUUGUGAGAGUCCGAGAUGAGAACGACAAUGAACCACACUUUAGUCAACAAUCUUAUCAGGUUACGUUAUCUGAACUGACCCCAUCUGGCUAUCCUGUGUUGACAGUUAAUGCUACUGAUGCUGAUAUUGAUAAUAAUGCUCAUAUUGUGUACAGUAUGGGAGUGGCGCCAGUUCAAGGCUUCGUCAUUGAUGCUAUAACAGGUGCAAUAAGAACCAAUCAGACGAUAGAAUUCAACCUAGCUCAGCCUGUCAUUCAACUGGUUGUCACAGCAACGGAUCAUGGCAACCCACCUCUUUCCAGUGUAGUGGCAGUUCGUGUUCAAGUUUUAGAUGUCAACAACAAUGCUCCAGCUUUUACUCAAACAAUUUACUCUGCUUAUGUGGAUGAAGAUAAAGCCAUAGGCUGGCCGGUUACAACUGUGACUGCCGAAGAUCAAGAUCCAUCAUACCAUAACAGAAAAAUUGACUACAGUAUUGUAAGUGGAAACCAAGCUGGGAAAUUUGAAAUCAAAGCUGACAGUGGAGAUAUUGUUGUAUUUGACAGCUUGGAUCGUGAAGUUGAAGAUACUUACACACUGAUAGUUGCUGCAACGGAUCGUGGACUUCCACAGCGUAAUUCAACAGCAGAAGUUGUGAUUGAAGUACAAGAUAUUAAUGAUCAUGCACCAAGAUUCACACAAAGCCAAUAUUCAGGAUCUGUACAAGAAAACGCCACAGUUAACACAAGUGUUGUUCAAGUAUCAGCAACAGAUGGUGAUAUUGGACGGAAUGCGGAAAUUCACUUUGAUAUUCGAUCCGGAAAUGAGUUGGAUAUGUUUACUAUUGAUGAGUUGACUGGUUGGAUAACAGUUAAAGGCAAUCUUGAUCAUGACACUGUACCUGAAGUGAGAAUCUCUGUCAGAGCUACAGACCGUAGUAUUGAUAAUCCACUGCAUGCCAUUAUACCAGUGUAUAUUCAAAUCACUGACUAUAAUGACAAUGUUCCUUACUUCCCAUUCAUGAUGUACUUGGAACGUGUUGCUGAGAAUCAACCUGCAGGCACUCUUGUGUUUGAGGCUCAUGCUAUUGAUAAAGACACUGGUGAAUAUGGUAAUCUUACUUAUGCUAUUACUGAUGGCAAUGGGCAAGAUUUCUUCAAUAUUGAUCCUAUCACUGGUAAUGUCACCACUAAGCAGCCGUUUGAUUAUGAAGCAGAAGAUUCAUAUCGUCUUGUCAUUCGUGCCAUAGAUCGGGGCGGAGAAUCUGUCUCUGUACAAGCUCAAGUAGAAAUCACCAGCCGUGAUGAUUACUCACCCCUGUUUGAUGAAGACUCAUACUCGUUCAGUGUUGCACAGGAUGCUGCAGUUGGAACAAAGAUUGGAACAGUUCAUGCCAAAGAUGCAGAUAAAGGAAUAGAUGGUGUAGUUGUUUAUGCCUUUGAACGAGGUGAUGAAUUCUUUGCAAUUAAUCAAAGUACAGGUAUUAUAACAGUAAAGAAACGCCUGGAUUCUACAAAUAGACGGAAGCGUUGGGUAGAUGACCAUACGUACAGGAAACGCCGCCAAGCCACGGAUGGGAAAGAGCAGUACUCACUGAUUGUAAGAGCAAGUUCUGGAAAGAAUGAAUCCAAGGAAGCCAUUGUGUCAAUCGUAUUAAAUGUUGGUCCUCCUAGUACUGGAGGUCGUCAAACAGCAACUCCUGUCACAACAAUCCUUGCAGUUGCCAUCCCAAUCUUUGUAAUCAUCAUUUUAGUGGUCAUCUUUCUUUGCUUUAUAAGGGUAAGAAGAAAGCGUGAAUACCGUCAAAAGAAUCCCAAGCCUUCUGAUUACCAGGCCGGUGACCGGUCACUCUCACCCCGAUCCUAUGAUGCUACUUUUGAUGCUGUUGAAAUGGGUCACAGUGCUAUGGUAAACCAUGCUAUGACACCAGAACAACCUUUGACUGCUGCUGAUACUCCAUACAGCAUGUAUCCUCCACGUAAUAUUUACAAUAUGCAUCGAAACAACAUGAACAGCUCUAUGGAGGUCGGUCGUACGGAUGUAUCAGAAGGUAACUCUGCCUCCAGUGGGCGAGGAUCAACAACUGUUGAAGAUGAAGAAAUAAGACGCAUUAAUGAGAGAAAUGUUCCUGAGGAUCAAGGUGGUAGUGUCAGGGAGAAGGUAUUAGAUUCUGGAAUUCAGCAAGAUCACGAGGAUGGAUUGUCAUUGAGAGAUAAUGCUUCUGAUAUUAUGGGAUCACCGAGAGAAAAGAACAUGAGUUAUUUGAAUAGCGCUAGCGCUGAAAGCAUGCAUGUGUUUGUUGAAGAAGGGGGUGGAGAGGCCGGUGGUGGUAUGGAUAUUGGUAAUCUUAUAUAUGCAAGAUUAGAUGAAGUAGGUGCAGAGGAAGAUGAUGCCAUUAUGGAUGGUACAAGAGCAUUUGGAUGGGGGGAUGACAUCCAACCUUCCAUGGCUGGUUCAUUAAGCUCCAUUGUUAACAGUGAUGAGGAGUUAUCAGGAAGCUAUAAUUGGGACUAUUUAUUAGACUGGGGGCCUCAAUUUCAGCCUCUGGCCCACGUCUUUGCAGAAAUUGCCAAACUGAAAGAUGACACAGUUGUCAAACGGCAAUUAGAAAGGCCUCAACAGAAGCAUAAAGCAGCAAAGCAGUUCCCACCUCCACUGCUGACUAAUGUUGUCCAGGGUCCCAUUAAGCCAGUUGCACCACUUGCUAUGAACAAUGUAGUCACCACCUCCAACUCUCAUGUCUUGCCAAGAUCACCAAUAGUUAAUGAAAGUGCUUUUGCUGCUGUAGGUGUAUCACCUGAUUUAUCACCCUCUCUGUCACCUCUUGCACCCGGAUCUAUGUCAAUUUCACCUAUGGUUACGUCUACAGGUGUAAGUUCCGGUCAGUCCUCAAGUAGAGGUAACUCUGGUUCUAGUACACCACAAAGAACAGCUAGGAAUCCCAGGCAGGCUGCUAGCAUCAGAUUUAUUCCCUCGUUUGCUGGGGAUGAAGAAGAAAUUCAAAUUUGAGCAUUCCAGCCAUUUUUGCUUCUUUUUUUCUGUAACAAUAUAUUAAUGAUGUUAAAUGGGGGUGGGGGCAACAAUUUAUUGAAAAGGUACCUUGAUGAAGUGACAAAGUUAUAUUGUGUAUUUGUGUUUUACAUAGAUUGUUAAUUCUUAAAUACAGUACAGGUUUGUCCCAAAAUAUUGAUUGUGUUUAUUUCUAUAGGGACAUAAUGUCGAGCCAAAUUGGUGUAUAUAAAUGGAGUUUUUACCGUGUACCAUUGGGUACUGUUAAAUUUUAUACUGUAUUUUUUAUGCGAUCUUCAGAGUCAUGUACAUAGUUCUUUAUAUUAUUAUGAGGCUGCAUUUUGACCAACUGAUUUUGAAAAAAAGAUUGGACCUGUUUUGUGGUGCUACUUCUUUGACUACCCAUUUUAAGGUUGGAGCAGUUUCGAAUUAGCCCAAUCCACAUGUAACUAUUAUUUUAAAUAUAAAAAUUAUAUUAAGUGAUUCUGUUCAACUCAAAAACCCUUUAAAUUUGUCCUUUUUGUUUAGAUGGUUUUAGUUUGUAUUGUCUUGUAUUAAGAGUGUGUUUGGCUGUAAAUAUAUGUAUUCUAACCUUUUUUAGCUUUGGUUGCACUUCGCCAAAAAUGUAUUCAUAUUAUUCUAUCAAUUAUGCAGUACUUAGUGUGUAUUUUUUAUGUUGUAUUUACUUGUUAACCGUGACCCCCUUUUAUUCUUCUUUAUUUAUUUUAUUUGUAAUAUUUUACUCAAAUCACAACUGUAUUGUGACUGUCGUGAAAAUAGCAUGUAAUACUAACAUGCCUGUUUUUAUUGACACAACGUAAAAAAGGAAUACUUGCUCUGAUGGUGUCAUAGGUUAUUCAAUUUAUGUUGUCUGAUAUGGGACAAUGAUUUAUUUUGUCUGAUAGGGGUGAUAGGUCAUUUGAUUUGUAAUAUGACGAGUCUAUAUUUCCUGUCUUGACUGAAAUGUCAUUGUGUUUUAAUACAUGUACUAUAUGAAUAACUAGACUGAAAUUGAGCAUGUUAGGUCAAAGGUCAUGCUAAGCCAAACUAUUUUUAAACCCUCCAAAAAGAGGUUUUGAAUCUUGUGUAUUGAGUGACUAUUGACUCAUAUCCUUUAUGUAUGUAGAAUGCCUAUUAUAGAUCCUUUACUUUUGAAAGAAAUUUACUCAUUAGCUUUUAAUGUAUGAAUUAUUUCUAGGUCUUCCAUUUGUUCUCACCUAUAUUUAACCCCCACAUCCAACACAUUACCAUUUUGAGGCCUGAAAAUGAAGAUCGUAAAAUAACUAUGGUCAAAACAAUGUUACUAUAUUUAAUAUUUAUAUGGUAAAGAUCCAUUUUGGAUUCAGAAUAUAGAAUACAUAAAGGGUUUCCUUGUGGAACCAAUUUUAAUUUCUGGCAUUAUUUAUGCAGGAAUAAAUAUUAAUACAACAAGUCUAUGUAACAAUUGUUGAGCAGAAUUAGCAUUGAGCAAUUUAUGCGUAUAUAUUGUCUUCUUAAAUGAGUGAAGACUAAAAAUAUUUGCCUUUUUUCAAUCAGGGUAUUCACCAUACAAUAUAAUUUAAAGAACAUAUAAAUUAGAUUAACUUUGAAUAUCAUUCCACUAAAUUCCAACAUUACUAAAGGAAAAAACUAUUAGAAUAAGUCAAAGUGAUUACAGGGUAAAUAUUGUGAAUAGUGGUUUUCCUUCAGAUUUAGUCAAGUUAUGAUAAAAUAAUAUUUUCUAAUAUAAACUAAUUCAUUUGAAUGUUUCAUUCGUAAUGAAUCAGUUAUUUGUGAGACCUUUAGGUAAUAACAAACUAACAAGGGAUUUACUCAGACACUUUCUCUUGUUCCAUUUUAGGCUUGGUUUUCUAUUGUUUAGAGAUGUCUAGCCGUACACAGCUUGUUUCUAUACUUUUUUUCUGGUAUUUAAUUGCAAGUGUUGGGAAUGAUAUUAACACAAUCAUCUUUUUAAAGUUUUAUUAUUUUUCCUUGUAAUUAAAAAUUAAAAAAUGACUGAUGUCAGAGGUCUUCCCCCAUUGAAUGAAGUGUGGACUUAAUGCAUACCAUUCAAUUUAAAUGGAACUGCCACCAAGUAUUAGAAUCUAUACCUAAUUGAACCUGGUGAAUAAUUAAUUUAAUUAUUCAAAAUACUCUUUCAAUAUUUUGAACAUGGUUAUUAUGUAUAUUAAAUUGGACCAUAUGUGUUUAUCAUACUGAUUAAUGAGUAAAUUUAUGCAAAUAUAAACUG